AUGCCGUUUUCACCUAAUGUAACUUCACAGAAUCGACGUAAAAUGUACUAUUGGGUAGGAACGUUUAUCUGUAUUGUGGGGUUUCUGUUAUUUGUCCUCCUUAUCCAUGAGUAUAUUUCUGGGGAUACUCGCUUUAUCCCAUCAUUUGUCGGGGGCUAUUGCGCACUGUUCGCAACUCUGAUGUCAUUUUUCUUGAUAUUGGAGCACUUGACAUGCUUCUCGGAUCCAGAAUGUCAGCCGAAAGUUGUGCGUAUCCUCUUUAUAGUGCCGUUGUACGCUUUGAUCAGUUGGAUUUCACUCCUAGCCCCGGGCGCGGCGAAGUAUCUCAACCUGAUUCGGGAUGCCUACGAAAGCUACGUUAUUUACGCCUUCUUCCAACUUAUGAUCGCGCAAAUGGGCGGUAUCGAUACGCUUUACCGAGCGUUGAUGAUUGAGGAGCGUCCGCCGAUUCCCCAGGUCUUCCCGUUUUGCAAUUUGGAGCCCAUUAAGGUAACCCCGACGUUUGUGCAAAACUGUCGGCUUUGCCUCUUUCAGUUUAUGAUUAUCAAGCCGCUAGUCACGAUUAUGGUCGUCGUCCUCACGGCAAAAAACAAGAUGGGGAACCUCACCGACGUCACUAAGGGCUACUUCUGGACAAGCUUAGUUUACAAUAUAUCCAUUUCGAUCGCUUUCAUGGCGCUUCUUUACUUCUACAAAGGCCUCAAGGAGUUCAUGGAAGGCAAUAAUAUUCUAAUGAAAUUUUUGUGUAUAAAAUCCGUUGUCUUUUUGACUUUUUGGCAAGGCAUGCUUUUCGCAAUCUUAGCGGCAACCAACCUGUUACCAACCUUUUCCUACUGGUCGCGGGAGGAAACACCAACUGCACUUCAGGACUUGCUGAUUUGUAUCGAGAUGAUGUUUGUUUCUUUCACGCAUAAAUACUGUUUUGGUAGUGAUGAAUAUAUGUUAAAUAACUUCGUAAACUCUGCCAAUGAUGAGGAUCAGCUUUAUGACGGCAUGCAAUUUCGAGCAACCCCCGCCAUCCGUCAAUCUGUGAAGGAAAAUUUAAAAUAUACGCUAAAGCAAAAGGACAUCUGGUCGGAUAUGAAAGACAUUGUAAGGAACCGAUAA